AUGCCCCACCAUCUACUCAAGACAGCGACUUUCACUGCUUCUAACCCCGCAGCCCGCGUCUCGAUUAUAUCACGACACUUAUUAGGAGCUGCUCAAUCCCCUUCGAAUCCCAGUUUCCCAAGUAAUAUUUCUCCUCCAGCUCAGAGCCGUAGCUUUUCUUCGUCAUCUGCCAAAAUGUCAUCUCAACCCGAACACCCGACUCUGCUCAUCCCGGGCCCCAUUGAGUUCGACGAUGCUGUAUUACAGUCCAUGAGCCAUUACAGCGAGUCGCAUGUCGGACCGGGUUUCGUUGCUACGUUUGGUGAGGCAUUGUCGAUGCUGCGUAAGCUUUUCCAGACUACCUCGCCAUCUUCACAACCUUUUGUCAUCUCGGGAUCCGGCACGCUUGGUUGGGAUCUAGUAGCAGCAAACCUUGUCGAACCUGGCGAAGAUGUCCUAGUUCUCAGCUCCGGUUACUUCAGCGAUGGGUUUGCCGACUGUCUUACAGUCUACGGUGCAAAGGUCGAUCUUCUGAAAGCCCCCGUUGGCAGUCGGCCGCAAUUGCCCGAAAUCGAGCAGGCAUUGAAGAGCAAGAAGUACAAGGUUGUCACAGUAACACAUGUCGACACAUCGACAGGUGUACUGAGCGAACUCCAGAAGCUUUCCGAGACGGUUCAGAGAGUGUCACCUGACACAUUACUUAUAGUGGAUGGUGUGUGCAGUGUAGCUAGCGAAGAGAUCGAUUUCGAUGCGUGGAAGCUAGACGGUGUAAUAACAGCAAGCCAGAAGGCCAUCGGCUGCCCCGCGGGCUUGUCCAUAUCGAUGUUCAGCGGUAAGGCGAUCGACGCCUUCAAGGCGAGAAAGAGCCCACCGGCAUCAUACUUUGCUUCGAUGAAGAACUGGACACCUAUUAUGCAAAACUACGAAGCAAAGAAGCCUUCGUACUUCGCAACCCCAUCGCCGCAACUUAUCCACGCGCUCCACACGGCACUAACCCAGAUCCUCACCAAGCCCCUCGCCGAAAGGUUUGCUAGGCACCGAGAGGUAUCUGACAAGAUCAAGAAUGCCGUGGCAGAGCUGGGUUUGAAACAAGUCGCAGCCAACCCGGAAGACCAGGCCCACGGUAUGACGGCCAUCUACCUACCUGAAAAUGUUAAGGCCACCGAUUUACUCCCAAACCUUGCAAAGAGUGGUGUUAUCUUUGCCGGUGGUAUCCAUAAAGAAAUCGCUGCCAAAUAUGUGCGAUUCGGACACAUGGGUGUUAGUGUGACCGAUCCUGCGAGAACAGAUAUUGACAAGGCGAUAACUGCGCUGAAGAGUGGGCUUGCUGACUGCGGAUAUCAAAAAGCGUAAAGCUCCACAUACGCCGUUCGGGACCGUCUAGGAGGUUCGAGUCCGGUGCGCCAAGGUAAUCCGUAUUUCCCAUGAUAAUCAUUUUCGGAGAAAAUGUUAGUCGGCCAGAGGGCGGAUAUUGUGUCGUAUGCUCCAAUUUAGGCCGCAUGAUUAGAAGAAGAAAAAAGGACACAGUGUAACUAUUCCAUAAAGAAAGGGAUAGACUAGAGGUUCCACUGCGCGGGGAAUGGCAAGAAGAAAAAAAGGUCGGUUCAAGGAAGCAUCGGAGAUGGGCUUUGCUCUAUUCGGUUGAAUUGCAUGAUUUUUCUUCGGCCACGUCACAUCCGUCUGCCUUAUUCUCCGUCUUUCUCGCCUGGUCGUAUAGGAAGAGCUGGAACCUGUCAUUUAUCAUCGGGAACUUACGUCAAGUUGCUGCAACAUCAGCAGCCAAGUAGGGAGCCCGAAGAGUCUGGUUCCCCCUCAUAUGCUACUUUACGAUCCUAACCAACAAAAGCGGCUAUGUUGCGGGAUUUCUAUCAUUCUCACGUAGAGAUAGUAUUCCUUUAUCUAGAAACAAUAAGAUGGUAGGCGUAUUUACAGUAAAUUAGAAAGGUGUGACAAUGACAAUAAAAAUCCCGGAGGCUCG